GUUGGGGUUUUCAGAGCUUUGAGCUGUCAAAUUAUCUCCUAAGUAUACAGAGACCUUUCACAGAAAAUCUUGCGGUGGCUCCCAGGACCCUACCAUGCUAUGGUUCUGGGUCUCUGGUCCUAGACUAGAGUAGUAGACAACUUGGGUUCCCCCCCCACACACACACACACAGAGAAAAGGGUUGAAGGGACCCACCCCGUGAUGUCACCCCCACCCCUCUGCGCACACGCGCGUGCGCGCAUACACACACGCACACGCACACACACCCUGUCCCCUUCCUCUACCCCCCAAGUUAAUUGCAUUUAGUUCACAAGGCUUGGGCUACGACUUGCAAGAGUUUAGGGGGCAACGAACAGAGUGCCCUUGGGGUAUCCUCGACCGACAGCCGCCCCGGCGCCUAGGACCUCCGGGCGGGGAUGCAGCUCGGGGUCUAGGAAAGCAUUUCCACCCCCUCCUCUCCUCAGGGUGUUCGGCCGGGGUUGGGUUUGAACUCACCACCCUCGGUAUAUGGGGCCAGCACCUUACUCACUGAGACACAGGCUUCCCAACCCCCUCAAGGUAUUUAUGGAUGGAUGAAAGGAGCAGGAAAUGACCUCCCACUCUGGGACCACUUUCUCUUUGGCCAUGGAGGAAGCCUUGUUGCCUCUGGCUGUGACGUCUGACCCCAGGCCCUUUAAUCAACAACUCCCAGAGCCUCCAGAACCGAGUUGUGUUUUGGAACCCCAGGACAAUCCUGAACUGGCACCUGCCCUGGUGUGUGCCCUUUGCUGCUGUUUUGGAAUCAUCUACUGCUGCUUCGGCUACCGCUGCUUCAAGGCAGUGAUGUUUCUCUCGGGCCUGCUGUCCGGAGCUCUGGUGAUCUUCCUGCUAUGCCACAAGGAGCGGGUGCUGGAGACACAGCUGAGCCUGGAGGUGAGCGCAGGCAUCGCGCUAGGCAUAGGAGUCCUCUGCGGCCUGGUCACCAUGCUGGUUCGAAGUGUUGGGCUCUUCCUGACUGGUCUCCUGUUAGGUCUGACUCUGGGUGCUGGGGUCCUCCUAGGUACUGAGCCCAUCUACCAACCACCUUCAGCCUGGGUGCCAGGAGGGGGGCUGGUGGGGCUGGCACUGCUGGGAGCCUUGCUUACGCUUCGGUGGCCACGUCCAUUCACAACUCUGGGCACAGCCCUGCUGGGUGCUGCAGUGCUGGUGGCCUGUGCUGACUACUUCCUGGAGGGACUAGCACUGGGCAGUCGGUUGGGCCAACGCCUUCAGGCACUUCCAGCCUUGCCUCCUCUCUGCUGGUAUAGCUGGGUCUUACUGGGGACCUGGCCAACCUUGGGGGCCCUUGGGGCUCUGGCCCAGUGGAAGCUCAUGGCUGAGGAACAUGGAAGCCACGACAAUGUGGUCUUGAGCCACCAACAGAGGCAUCUCCAACUCCUUCGGAUCCGUCAACAAGAGGCCAAGUGGCACCGGACCUCCUCUGGGAUGGGGCUUUGUGAGAGCAGCUGUCGGUGCCAGCCCCCCCACAAUGCCCGGAGCCCUGCUGACAGUCUGGCUCCAAGUUAUCUCCAAAGUCUUCGAGAGCACCAACUGGGACCAAGCCCCCAGGCCACAGCCCCUCACACCAUCCUGGACCUGGAUUCUAAUUGUGGUUCCACUGUACCCCUCACCACACCGUCUGGUUCUACCCAGACCUGAGCCUAAACCUCCACUUUUGCCCCACCACUAGUGAGGGCCUAAGAACGCUAGGUGGGCAAGGUUUGAGCCCACAGAAAUCCCACAGAACUUCCCCACCUCCUGGACUUGGGGAUAGGAUUUGUGCUGCAACCCAGACCAGCCCUAUAGGGAUAUGUUUCAUGGACAGAUAGAAGUCUUGUGAGGAAAGGGGAGGAAAACAAGUAUGAGUACCUACCUCUGUCCAAAAUAGAGGUGUGCUGGUGCCCCACAAAAAAUAACAUCCUAAUUCUCUCCAAAUCUAGGAGAGCACUUACCUAAAUAGCGUUUCUUUAUUUCUUUCCUUCUUUUUUUUGAGACAGAAUCUCACUCUUUGCCCAGACUAGAGUGCAAUGCAUCAUCUUAGCUCACAGUAACCUCUAACUCCUGGGCUCAAGUGUUUCUGGUGCCUUAGCCUCUAAAAUAGCUGGGUCUACAGGUGCACUGCCGUGCCUGGCUAAUUUCUCUAUUUUUUCUUUCUUUUUUUUUUUUUUUUGGUAGUUUUUGGCCGGGGCUAGGUUUGAACCCGCCACCUCCAGCAUAUGGGACCGGCGCCCUACUCCUUGAGCCACAGGCGCCGCCCUCUCUAUUUUUCUAGAGAUGGGGUCUUGCUCGUGUUCUCAAACUCCUGACCUCAAUCAAUCCUCCCACCUCAGCCUCCUAGAAUGCUAGGAUAACAGGCGUGAGGUACCAUACCCCACUUCAAAUAGCCUCUUAAAUACGCACAUCAGUAUGCUUCACAGUGGUAAAGUAAAGGGAGUUUUUUGUAGGAUCUGUAGAAAAUCAGGGAACCCCCAAAGCAUUUGAUAACUUUUUGAUGGGGAGAAGGGCACAGAGAAGCUCCAGAAAACCCCAACGCCCUCCUCAUUAAGACACAGUUGGGUUUCUGGUUGGCCUUUCCUCUGAACUCUGUAGAUUUGAGCCCUGUUCUCCUACCUCCAUUAGGAGCACUGCCCUCCAUGGUGCUUCCUCUUCUCUUCUUCUCAACCUGGGGAAGAGGACAGCACAGUGCCUGCCUUAGCACCUGGUUGCCCCAAACACUGGAUUCUUGUGCCAAGGAGAGAGCAUUGGCCCACAUGCCAGAGUCUUGCCUUUUGCCCAAAGGAGCCUAGUCUUCAGGGCUGCGUGGGAGACAAGUGCCUUCUCUGCCUCUCCAUGUGGGUGAUACUAAUUUCCUCCUUAACCAGAACUUGAUUCCAUCUGCUUAUCCAUUCUAACCCUUCCUCCCUCUGACUCUCCAGCCCAAGAUCUGUUCCCUGGUUCUCCAGACAGCAUAAAGACAUAUCCCUCUCCUAGGAAGCAAGGCUAUGGUGGGAGGGAGGAAGAGCAUGAGAGCAUAUGAAUAAAAUGGCACUGAAUCCUGAACCAGGAAGUCCA